AGGAGCUAACCGUGGAGCCCAGGAUCACGGGUUAGAUCGUGCAGGAACUAGAGGGCAGCGCCCCUCCCCAGGACACCCACUCCGCGCGGGCAGCUUCGCCCGGACCCCCGGAUUGGGUGGGGAGGGGCAGCCGGACGGGGCGGGCCGGAGGCUGGCGUCCCCGCCUCCCCAGCAUUUGGCUCGCCGCGUCGCUCAGUCCUCCCGCUUCCUUUCCUUCUCGCACCCCUCCUUCCUUCCUUCCUUCCGUCGGGAGCGAUGGAGCCGGGGCGCUGGGCGGCUGCGGCGCUGCUGGCGCUGCUGUGCGCUGGCUGCGCGCUGCGCUGCGGGCGCGCCCAGUACGAGCGCUACAGCUUCCGCAGCUUCCCUCGGGACGAGCUGAUGCCGCUCGAGUCGGCCUACCGGCACGCGCUGGACCAAUACAGCGGCGAGCACUGGGCGGAGAGCGUGGUCUAUCUGGAGAUCAGCCUACGGCUGCACCGCCUGCUACGCGACAGCGAGGCCUUCUGCCACCGCAACUGCAGCGCGGCGCCGCAGCCCGAGCCCGCCGCCGGCCUCGCGCGUCACCCGGAGCUGCGCCUCUUCGGGGGCCUGCUGCGCCGCGCGCACUGCCUCAAGCGCUGCAAGCAGGGCCUGCCGGCCUUCCGCCAGUCGCAGCCCAGCCGCGAAGUGCUGGCCGACUUCCAGCGCCGAGAGCCCUACAAGUUCCUGCAGUUCGCCUACUUCAAGGCAAAUAAUCUUCCAAAAGCCAUUGCGGCUGCUCACACCUAUCUACUGAAGCAUCCUGAUGAUGAAAUGAUGAAGAGAAACAUGGCUUAUUAUAAGAGCCUGCCCGAUGCCGAGGACUACAUUAAAGACUUGGAAACCAAGUUGUAUGAGAGCCUGUUCAUCCGAGCCGUGCGGGGGUACAACGGUGAGAACUGGAGAACGUGCAUCACAGACAUGGAGCUGGCCCUUCCUGACUUCUUCAAGGCCUUUUAUGAGUGUCUUGCUGCCUGCGAGGGCUCCCGGGAGAUCAAGGACUUCAAGGAUUUCUAUCUUUCCAUAGCAGAUCAUUAUGUGGAAGUUCUGGAAUGCAAAAUACAGUGUGAAGAGAACCUCACCCCAGUCAUAGGAGGAUAUCCAGUCGAGAAAUUUGUGGCUACCAUGUAUCAUUAUUUGCAGUUUGCUUAUUAUAAAUUGAACGACUUGAAGAACGCAGCCCCCUGUGCAGUCAGCUACCUGCUCUUUGACCAGGACGAUAAGGUCAUGCAGCAGAACCUGGUGUAUUAUCAGUACCACAGGGACAAGUGGGGGCUCUUGGAGGAGCAUUUCCAGCCCAGACCAGAAGCCGUUCAGUUCUUCAACGUGACGACACUCCAGAAAGAGCUGCAUGACUUUGCUAAGGAAAACAUAAUGGAUGAUGAUGAGGGAGAGGUUGUGGAGUACGUGGAUGACCUCUUGGAGCUGGAGGAGACCAGAUAGCCCCCAGCAGCCAGAGAGACCUCCUCUCGAUGUUCAGGAAACACAGAUUCUUUGUCUUCCUUUUCCCAAUAGUACAAGUUGUUGAUACCUCAGAGCCUUCUCUUUACUCUGUGAAGUGAAAGGGAAGCCCCCAUCUCUCACUACAGCUAACCAGGGCUGAGCCUGGUUUCCACGUGUCCACACCUGCCCCCCCUUCACACCUGCCCCUGCUCUUCACACCUACCCCCCAUCUUCACACCUGCCCCCUUCACACCUGCCUCCCCAUCUUCACAUCUGCCCCUUCACACCUGCCUCCCCAGCUUCACACCUGCCCCCCCACACUUGCCCCCAUCUUCACACCUGCCCCCCUUCACACCUGCCUCCACAUCUUCACAGCUGCCCCCAUCUUCACACCUGCCCCCUUCACACCUGCCUCCCCAGCUUCACACCUGCCCCCCCCACUUGCCCCCCAUCUUCACACCUGCCUCCCCUUCACACCUGCCUCCCCAGCUUCACACCUACACCCCCACACUUGCCCCCCAUCUUCACACCUGCCCCCUUCACACCUGCUUCCCAUCUUCACACCUGCCCCCCUUCACACCUGCUUCCCAUCUUCACACCUGCCCCCUUCACACCUGUCUCCCCCUCUUCACAUCUGUCUCCCCCCUUCACACCUGUCUCCCCAUCUUCACACCUGCCCUCAUCUUCACACCUGCCUUCUCCAUUUUUAUACCUGCCUUCUCACCAUUUUGGUUAGAAGGACACUUUUCCAUGGAUAGUUUUUUUCUUUUCCCAGAAAAUCAGUAUUAUUUUUUAAAUAAGAAAAAUACUCCUAAAAGGUGGUAAUUAUAAAAACCUACUCUAGCCUU